AUGGCGCAAGCUUUAGAAAUAAUCAAAACGAUUCCGAUACUAGUUCCCCAUUAUAAUGGUGAGGGGGAAAAGUUAAACAGUACGAUUGCCGCUCUUAAUGCGUGCAAAUCGUUAAUUAACAACGAUAACCAAGCAAUUGCCAUCCAGGUCAUUCUUUCUCGCCUGGAGGGCAAAGCGAGGUCAGCAGUGGGGGAUAAUCCUCAGAAUGUUGACGAGAUAAUUGAAAAAUUAAAGAAUAAAUGCACGGUUAAAGUCGCACCCGAAUCGGUGGUUGCGAAAUUGAACGCUAUCAAACAGAAUAGCGAAAUCGGAAAAUUUACCGAUCAAAUUGAAAAACUAACCUUACAGCUGGAACGUGCAUACAUUGAUGAAGACGUUCCAGUCGGAACAGCAUCAAGGAUGUCCACAAAAGCAGGAAUUAAACGCGUUGAGUCUGGUGUUGUCCGAAACCCUCUCUGCCCAAUUCGAUUCACCAAACAGGAUAUGGCGACCGUGACAGGAAUUAAAGCUUUGGCAUCUGGAGUGAGAAAUCACGAAACCAAACUGAUACUUAAAGCAGGACAAUUUAGCACACUAUCUGCAGCGAUCGAGACAAUAAAUGAAAACGAACAGCCGCACAACGAUAAUGCCAACAUAAUGCAUUAUCGGACGCAAAAUUCCCGAAAUAACCCACAUCAAGGGAAUCGACCUUCGUAUAAUAAUAGAAACCGUAAUAAUUCUAACCAUAACAACAACAACUUUAGACGGAACGAUAGAUUUCAAUCUAGACCGUUUUUAACACAUAGGAAGACAAACAACUAUAAUGGCUAUCAGAGACAACAACAUAAUCAAAACUAUAAUCGACACCCGCAGAACAGGGCACCAUUCAAUUCAACACGAAACAACGGCUCGCGCGUUUUCUUAGCGCAAUCGGGAAACGCGUUCACCCCCCAGCAAAUAACUGUUGGGGGCACCGGACAAGUCACUGGACAAGGCACUGGACAAGAUCCAAGACAGAGUCAAGGCCAGUACCAGAAUGUGAUACAGGAACAACAGAUUCGACCACAACGGCAAAUGCAAGGUCAAGUAAUGACCUACACUCGAAUGAACUAA